AGCCAGGCACGGAACGUCUGUAGGCGAAUCUCCGUAGCGAGUCGAGGCUGCGUACCGUUCGUUGCAACGGGCAUGGCCACAUCCGGCGUCUUUUGUGGCGCUGAAGAACGUGAUCUUUCGUUAACGCCAGCGCUGCACAUCGUGGAAGUGUGACGAGGCUUGUAUGCGGCACACUGGAUCCUGCGAAGACAGUCAUGCGCAAGGUGUCCCCUCAUCGUGCACUUGAAGCAUCAGCCAUCUUUCCUGAACAUGCUGCGUUUGUCUUCGAGGCUAACUUUACUGGUGCAUCGUUCGAUCCUGUGGUGUUUGGCUUAACAAAUGAAGCAUGGUUCUGUUAAUACUUCUGCCUUGUUGUGAAGAACCCUUGCAGCAGGAGUCGACGACAUAUUGAAGCUCGGACUGUGUUUAGGACGUGUUUCGUUCAACCUUGAUGUUCUAGUCCUUGCGCACCUCUCUCUACAUUCGACUUCUAGCUGAAGAAAUUUCAGCAAGUGCUCUAACUCCUGUUCCGGUGACUCACAUGAUGCAGUUCGACCCAUACGAGGAUGUUAUAGCCACCGUUCAGUUCACCCUUGACAUCGUGUACAUGCUGGUGGGCUUCGUGGUGGUCUCCUUCUCGGCGGCUGCCGUCUGCAAGGCGUACGAUGACUCGCUCCCACAAGUCAACCACCUCGCAGCCGUGCACUGUGCGGUGGCUCCUGUCCCGAACCAGGCGUUCCUGGAGCAGGCCUCCCUGCUCAUGUCGCAGAUGCAGACUAGGGACGUCUCCCUGACGGCAUGGAAGUUCUACGAGCUCAACCGCGCCGCUCUCGUCACGACAGGAGGCGCCGUGGCGACUUACGUGGUGGUCGUCCUCCAGAUGGCCCCGUCUUUUUUGGAGGCCGCGGAAGCAUGAAACAUUUGUUGCUCGAGCUGCCUGAAAAAGCCGCAUUGAAGCGGACAACCGAAAUUUCAUUGUAAGUUCGGUAGUAGAACAUAGUAUAAAAGCGCUUCAUUCCUAAAGGCUCCAGUUAUUGAAGCUAGGUUACUCUUGUCACGAGCACCGAGUUUUGGGCUGGUUGGUUACGCAUAGCAGAUCACGGUCAAGUGCGCACAAACAAAGACAUGGUUAGGGGUAGACAAAAGAAGCGCUUACUUUCAACUAAUUUUGAUUUUACAAAAUCGCAUCUUUCGAACACUUUCCUUCAGGACCUCACAAGACCGAAAUGCCGACAUCAGGUGGCCAUGCUCAGAAACUUAGUUGCUUUGGACGACAGAAAAACAGAAGGUGCCCUGACACACAACAGACCCACCUUCCUAAUGUAAUUUGCUUCAGUUAUCCCCUUGGAAUACUGUGGAAGAUAGUCGCCAAAAAUAAGAUUCAGGAUGUCAGGAAGAAUACGGAAGCAGAUUGCAUUAAAAAGGCAGGUGUGUUGUGUGCCAGAACACCUUCUGUUUUUCAGUCGUCCAAAGAAACUAAGUUUCCGAGCUUGGCCAACUG